UUGAAAUUUAAGAGUAGCUUUGGAUCAAAAGGGGGCGUUUUAUGCUGGCCUAUAGACGAACCCACAUCCUGCUUUCCCUCUCAAUCCAGUUUACGAACCGUCAUUUCUCAGCGGCAAGUUCCCAUUCACCACUGUCUUCCCUCCCACGUAGCCUUUCUCUCGGCCAAACCAAGCAAGCCCAUGCUCGCCUCAUCACCGCCGGCCUCGGCGCCGAUACCCAACUCAUGGGCCCCCUCAUCGCCGCCUUGGCUCACUCCCCGUCCGCCCCAUCCGAGUACUGCCACGCCGUCUUUCAUUCGAUCCAAAACCCCCGUGUUUUCCUGGCCAACAACACGAUCCGAUGCUUCGCCAAGAGUGAAUCGCCUCGUGAAUCGGUUGGUCUCUACGCGUUUAUGCGGCGAAGUGGGUUGCAGCCCAAUAACUAUACUUUCACUUUCUUGUUGCAGUCUUGCAGCAACGCACUGGCGUUGGUUGAAGGGAUUCAGGUUCACGCUCAUGUCGUUAAGAUUGGGUUCGGUGAAGAUGUUUUUGUUAGGAAUGGUUUGGUUCAGUUUUAUUGUGCUUGUUGUAAAAUUGAGUGCGCGAAGAAGGUGUUCGACGAAAGUCCCCAGUGCCGCGAUGUUGUUACUUGGAACGUGAUGCUGGGGGGUUAUGUGAGGGAUGGACAAAUUGGACUAGUGGAGAAGUUAUUUGGAGAAAUGCCUGAGAGAGAUGUUAUUUCAUGGAGUUUAAUGAUAAUGGGUUAUGUGCAAAAUGGGAAGUUGGAAGAAGGUUUACAGAGUUUUAAGGAGAUGAGAGAGAAAGGGCUGGUCCCGAACGAGGCCAUUCUGGUAACGGUUCUCUCAGCAUCAGCCCAAUUGGGUUUACUUGAUCAGGGCCGAUUAGUUCAUUCCGUUAUCAGUUCUUGCAAUUUCCCAUUGAGUGUUCCUAUCGGCACAGGUCUUAUCGACAUGUAUGCAAAAUGUGGGUGCAUUGACCAGGCUAAAGUUGUCUUUAACGCCAUGCCUGAAAAAGAUGUUUGUUCAUGGAACGCUAUGAUUUGUGGAUUGGCUGCGCAUGGACUUGGAAUGGAAGCGCUUUCCCUCUUUGAAAGGUUCACAAGUGAAGGCUUCUGCCCAGUGAAUGUGACUUUCGUUGGAGUCUUGAAUGCUUGUAGUAGGACAGGUUUGGUCAGCAAGGGGCAACAUUAUUUUAAGAUGAUGAGUGAGAAUUAUGGUAUUGAGCCAGAGAUGGAGCAUUAUGGUUGCAUGGUGGACCUCUUGGGCCGUGCUGGAUUGGUCCCGGAAGCCAUGGAUUUGAUUGAGAAGAUUUCCAUUCAACCAGACCCCGUGUUAUGGACCACGCUGCUUGGUGCUUGCAAGAUUCAUGGAUUAGUUGAAUUGGGUGAACAGAUAGGGAAUAAACUAAUCCAAUUGGAUCCAACCCAUGAUGGAAAUUAUGUACAGUUGGCUGGUAUUUAUGCCAAAGCAAGGAAAUGGGCAGAUGUAGUCAGAAUUAGAAGAUUGAUGGUUGACCGAAGAGCUAAUAAGGUUGCUGGUUGGAGCUUGAUCGAGGCACAGGGCAGACUUCAUCGAUUUGUUGCAGGGGAUAAAGGGCAUGAGAGGUAUCCAGAGAUUUACAAGAUGCUUCAAAUCAUUGGAAAGCGAAUAGGAGAGGGUGGUUACAUGCCCAAUGUUUCACCUGUCAUGCACGAUAUAGAAGAGGAAGAAAAAGAGAAUGCAAUCAAGGAGCACAGUGAGAGGUUGGCAAUUGCUUUUGGUUUUUUGGUCACAGCUUGUGGGGAUUGUAUUCGAAUUGUCAAGAACUUGAGAGUUUGUGGAGACUGCCAUGACUUCAGCAAGGCUGUUUCAAAGGUGUUUAUGCGGGAGAUAAUCGUGAGGGAUGGGAGCAGAUUUCAUCAUUUUAAGGAGGGCAACUGUUCUUGUCUUGAUUAUUGGUAGAUUUUCUUUCAUGCUCCAUUCUUGCAAGGGAAAGAAUAUUCAGGACCAAUUCCUAUUGUCUCAUGUUGUUUUCAUGCACAUUUGAUUUUUCUCUGGUGUGGGUUGAAACUGUCUGGCAACCAUAAUAAAAUAAUUAUAUUGUUUG